CAGGACAAAAGCUGUACACGCAUGCGCAGAAACGGGCACCUGUUUCCGUUAUAAACUACGAUUUCUUAUAAUGGCACCAAUGUUAUUCAACAAGAAUUAGAGCCUUGAUGGAACUGGUAUAAAACUCAAGUCAGCAUAAUAAGGGAAAUAACUCCAUUUAGCAUCCAAAAUGGAAGAUAGUGACACUCAUCUGUGUUUGGUUUGUGAAGAAAGGAUAGUUGGUUUGAUGAAUUAUGUUGCCCACAAGCAGACUAAAUGUGUCAAGAAGAACCAGAAACCAGUCAACAACUCCAAUUACAAUAUUUCUACCCCAAGCAACUCCAGCACAUUUGAAACCUUACCAGAAAAUGACGAAUCAAAUAAAGACAAGUUGCCUCUUAUGUCAUGCAUUCCUGAUGUAACUAUAGAUUUACAACAAUUAACUGAAAAAGACUCCAAAUUACCAAGACCUAACGACGAACCAAUUUCUGAUAUUGUUUUAGAAAACUUGCAGGUACAUGUUAGUGAACCAUAUUCUCUUCUUUCUAAUUUAUCUCACGAAGCUGGUUGUUCUAAUCUAGAUGUGACCAGCUCUGGACUGACAACGUCUACACCUAAUUCCAAUAUGUCUGAUCAUGCUGUACCUACGUCUGAUGCUGAUAUUUCUUUAGAUAUAAAUCAGUUGAACAAAUUUAUAAAUGAAGAUUUCAAUCAAGUAACAUCCCAAUCUCUUGAAACCAACUCAGUGACAUCUCCAUCGACAGAUGCUUUCUUCCGGUCGCUAGAACUACAGAGCAGAAAAUCUCCCCGUAAAAUGAAGUCAUCCGGAAAUAAUAUUGACAGCAAGAAUCUAUACAGUAACUUAGAAAGCCUGUCCAUAACCAAUUUUUUGAACAACUUAGAUUUCAGUAGUGAUGAAGAUUUGACAAAUUUUCCAUCUGGUGAUGAUUUGGAUGAUUCUGAUUGGGAAGAAUCCAGCAUACGUCAUCCACCCAGAUCUCAUACCGGUGGUAAAUGGAAGCCUGGUGAAUACCCUGGUACGAGAUCACGUAGAAGUAGUGGUAAGAAAAUGCCGGGUGGUAAAUGGAAACCUGGUAUGCUGGCUAAAACCAACAAAGAUGACAAGAAAAAGAAAUUGACAUCUCAGACUGUCAAUAAAACUUACAAAUGUGAAGCGUGUGAUAUAACAUUUGACAAGGGCGUCAAGUAUUCUGCACAUUUUGGGUCACGCUCCCACAAGGAAAAUGCUGCAGCUCUCAAACGGGCCCAAGAAGAAAACGAAGACAUGGGUGAUCAUACUAUAGAGAUAGAUUCAGCCAUUCCAGAUGAACAGGAUGAGCAAAUGGAUGUAGAAACAUCCACAAACACAAUAAUUAUUUCUGAAAUGGAAAAGGAUAGCUCUGUAACCAAAGAUGAAGACAAAAAAUCAGUCAAGCCAACCACAGAAUCCAAAGAGAACGUUUCCAAAGACAAAGAAGAGAUGGAGAAAAUACAAGAAACAAAUUCUAUCAAACUACAAAGCCCACACAUCUGUACAGUUUGUGAUAAAAAGUUCAAACGAAAAUACGAAAUAGUUCAACAUUUAAUGACCCGAUUUCAUAAAAAUCGUGCUAUUAACCAUCCCGAUGAGUUGAAUAUGAUUCUUAACUACGAAAAUUAUGUUAUUAAACUCUCUGCAUUUCAAUGUGGUAUCUGUCAGUUUUAUUUUAAUCGACAUUCGGAUCUUAUUAACCACAUGGCAACAGAAGAACAUCGAGAAAAAUGUGAUGAAUGUAUUGGAGAAUUGAUGUGCCUUUUAUGCAGCACCGCCUUUGAGAAUUCGCAGCAAUUGAAAUUCCAUGUUGAAAGUUCGAAGCAUCUGAAAGCAAUUCAAAGUGCUCAGAACUCGAAAAUCUGUGUAAUUAAAGAUGUCGUGGACUUACAUUGUAAAUAUUGCGGAGCUAAGCAAGCAAGUGUCAAUCGCCUGAAAAAACACAUUGAUGUACGUCAUAAAGAUGGGAAAAUGACAACACCGUUGAGAAGAACCAAGGGAGGUAAUCGUCCAGUAUGUCCUCAGUGUAGUUAUGUUGCACCAUAUUUAUCGGCUCUCAAUGUCCACAUUAAAAGAAUUCACACGACAGAGAGACCUUAUAGUUGUGAUCCAUGCAAAAAGAAAUUUGUUGAAAAAUAUUCAUAUGAGAAACAUUUAAAAACUCUACUUCAUCAACGCAAAGCUAAACUAAUUGGCAGUGGAGAUAAAGUUUUUGUGUCCUGGUCCGAAGAAACAGAUAUUUGUGUCACAAAAACAGAGCCAAGGUCCAAACGUCAAAAUCGCUGUGAAAAAUGUGAAUUCAAGGGAGAUAAGUAUGAAGAUUUGCGUGUUCAUUGCUUAAAAGAACACAAAGAUGAAGUGACAGUAUGUAAAAUGUGCGACGUUAUAUUUCUAUCUGUUAAAGCAUACCGAGUUCACUGUUCCGGCAAAACACAUCAGAUGAACCUGGGUCUCUCCAGUGAACCAAAUUCAGAAGGCACGUCAGAGGAGGUCUUUGAGUGUCCUAAAUGCUUGAAGAAAUUUUCUGAUCAGAAAUGGAUGAAUUUACACAUUGAGUUUAUACAUAAUCAUGUCUCUUCUGAAGAAGCGCUUCAAAAACUUCAAAAAGAAGAAACAAAAGUUAAUACAAUGUAUGGCGAGCACUUAAAUCAGAUCAUCAACUUGCCAUUGGAUGCCUCUGUCUCGUGUCCAGAAUGUGGAAAAUUUGUCCAACAUGAACGGAUUGUUGAACAUCUUCGUCUGCACACCAACGAGAAACCAUUCAUUUGUAAUCUGUGCAACCGUGGAUUUAUUGGUCGCCUGUCUCUAAGGAGACAUUUGAUGGUUCAUGUUGGUUUAACGGAGAAUACUUGUAAUAUCUGUAACCGUGAAUUUAAGCGUUUCAACUCUUAUAAAGUACACAUGGAACUUCAUAAGAGCCAGGAGAGUCAUAUCUGUUCUUUCUGUGGUCAGACAUUCCCCCUUUUAAAACAGCUAACACAUCAUAUGAAGAGACAUGGGGAGCGCGUUCAUAAAUGUCCUAUCAAAUCAUGCACAUGGAGCUUUGUAUUACGAAAUGAGCUUAGUAUGCAUAUGUUGACGCAUACUGGGGAAAAGAAGUAUUUGUGCGACUCAUGUGGCUUUGCUGCUGCGACAAAAUCCCGACUUCAGCGCCACACAAAGACACAUACUGGUGAACGGGAAUUCCAUUGUGAUUACUGUACAUAUAAGGCCGGCAACAGAACCCAUCUGAAAAGACACAUGAGAAUUCAUAUUGGUGCCAAACCCUUCCAGUGUCCAUACUGUUCUUACACAUGCAACACCCAUGAGAACAUACGUAAACAUAUUACUAAAACAAAGAAACACGAAGGUAUGCCAAUCUAUCCCUGCACAUUCUGUAAAUAUGGUACCAACUCGACCAAGGAAUUCCGAGCUCAUUUAAUCACAGCUCAUCCUGAAUCUGUGGCGUUGGAUGGUUUGGAUAAAUUGGCAGAAUAUUCAGGUCUUUAUAAAAGAGCAGAAGAUCCAUCAAAACCAAUUGAGGGCAUGCAAAUUCUUCCAUCAAAAGAACGGCAUGGAACUCGGCAUCCCAAAACCGUUGAGAUGCAGAUCAUCCCAGCCCGUGUGAGAGAAAAAUUGUCAGCUGCUUUAUCUAGUCCUGCUGAGCAAACUGAGACAUCGUCAGAGAGGACACAGAAAGCUCCACAUUCUUGGUCUGAAUCCAACUCUUACGACAUAAAAACUAAUUGGGAUGAGACCGCUUGUAAUAUACCAACAGUUGCCUAUCAAACAGAAGUUUCUGAUCAAAAGAUGUAUCAUGUUAUGGGGUCAUCCUCAGCUAAUUUUUCAAAUUUAACCCCAGUCAGUAACUAUGAUAUUCUGAAUGUGGUUAUAUUGGAACAUAAUCAAUUUUCACAAAACUAACAAUCAUUUGACUAAAAAAACACAACAAAAUUUAUAUGGAAUACAAUCACUGGUUUAUACACAAAUAGCACAAUGUUCCGACAAGUAUUCUCUUGUCGUUAUCAAGAGAAUACUUGUCGGAAUGUUGUGCGAUAUGUGUAUAAAUCAGUGAUUGUAUUUCAUAUAAAUUGUGUUGUGUUUUUUAAUGUAAUCAAUCACUAAAUGCCACUCAAGGAUUAUAAUCAUUUGACUGUUGUUAAAACAUGAAGUUAUUAAACAAAACAAAACUAGAAACAUUAUAUUGGACAAUAGUCACUGGUUUAUUAUACAUGGGCAUGACUGUUAUUGUGUGCAAUAUUGUGUGCAUUAAUCCAUAUUAUUAAAACAUUAUAAACAUUAUUCUCUGCCCCAGUAUCUUAAAGGAUAAUGUUGACAAGUAUGCUCUGGCCAUUUUUGUCCUUGUGGCUACAAGUUGUGAUAGGUUUCAUGUAUGAGACAGGGUAUGCUUACUCUUUCCAUAACACCAGAAUCAACGUCAUCAAUGGGCUCAUCUGUAAUAAGAGAUUUAGUUCUGUUCUUUCUUCCUUUAUAUUUCAAUAUUGGGAUUAAUUAUGGCACUUAGUGACUUAUACUCAGGCCUGGAAAUAACGGUUUUAGAUUUAGGCUACCUGACAAAAUGUCAGAUACUAAUAAAAUAGUACCUGACAUUUUCAACAUGUAUUAAUAAUAUCAAUAAAAAAGACAAAUCAGUGCCAGAUAAAAUGACAGGCACCAGAGGUUUUGUGCCUGACAAAGCCUGAAUCUGUGCCUGACUUUGUUUGUGAAGGAUGCCUUAUUUCCAGGCUUGUUUAUACUCUUUUUUUUAUGUUGUUGGAAAGGGCUAUGAAUCUGACAUUUUGGAUUGAUUUGAUUUUAUUGGGCAGCUAGUGUUGCACUGUUUAUAAAUAUAAAAUCACAUGAAUUCAAUCAGGGUGAGAGUUCUGUCCCUUGAUGUGCUUUUUUAUUGUUAAGAUUUUUAUGUUCAUUUUACAACAAUCAUGUGUCACAGCAUACUUACUUGUAUAUUUUUGUAUUAUUAAACUCUUUGGUUAUUCAUUUGUAUAUAAUCCAGAUCAAUAAGUACUCUUCUCCCUUACAUUGAGUUAUUUCAGGUCUAGGGUCCAUUAGGACAGCAACUACCAGUAAAUUGUUUCCAUGGCAUUCAGUAAUUGAAAUGGAGUACACAUUUCACAAUUCUAUGGAAUACAAUAACUGCUUAUUAAUGAGCGAGGUUUAGACUAGGCUUCCCUAGUCAUUAUCAAGGAAUUUAUAUCCUGAUUUUGAGCAUCUCCUCAUAUUCAUAUUUUGUAUCUCCUCAUAUUCAGGUGACCCUGAAAAAACAUGUACAUUAUUUACAGUGGAAUAACUCAAUAAAUUCACAUGUUGUACAGUAUGGAUGUUUGACAACUUCAUGUCAAAUUGCAGGUCAAAUAGCGUUAACAUAGUACGAGUUUAAAAAAGAAUUUCAAAUUAUCUUUUGCCCAAAUGAGAAGUCACAUGUGCAGUUUAUGAAUCGGAAGGUGGGGGGGACAAAAUGUAAUGAAAUGUUCCAGGUUCCAGGGUUCGUCCAUCCCCGCCAAAAGUUAUGACAAAUCGAAAUCCACUACCAAAUAUGUCCCCCAUCUUGCACUAAGCGUCUUCUCCAUGCAUAAAUAAAAUGUCAUAAUUUCUUCUAAGCUAAUUUCUGUCCAUUUUGCAGAUUUUUUAUAAAUAUAGAUCAGAGGCCACCACAGUCCCAGAACCUGAAUCCGAUGGAUUAUGCCGUCUGGAACAGUCUCCUGAGAAAGGUUUAUGGAAGGAUGAUUCAGAAAAUUUAUUGAAAAUUAACUAAAGGAUACAGUUCAGGCAAAAUUGGUAGAAAUAAGCUUAGAAGAGAUCAUACUCCUCGCAGUGUUUCGUUUGAUUAGACUUAAUCACACUUAACAUUGCUUAAAUGGAAGCAAAUUUCUGUUCCAAAUUAUGACUGGUCAAUAGUCUGAUUACCAACCAAUAGCUAACUGCGUAGCAAUAUCAUUAGGCUUUAAAUAGAGCUCGAAAUUGGACCAAAUAUUUUUACAUAACGUUACGUCAUGACUUACGAUUUUAGCAGAAGUUUUAGGGAGGACCCCAGAUUAAACAAAGGGCUGUCAUGUUGCUGUACUUGGGAUAGAUUUGAUUUAACGGGAAGAAUAGACACACUCUCUCAAAAGCUCAAGUAUCAGAAGUCGAUCCAGCAAUGGUCAGAGAGGGAUUUCUCGGGCGAUUGCUUCAGGAAUAUGAGAAGAAAUAUGAAAUUUGAUUUCUGCAUGGAAACGAGGCUUAGUGCAAGAUGGGGAACAUAAUCACCAUUUGUUAAUGUAAACUGCACGUGUGACUUCUCAUUUGGGCAAAAGAUAACUUGACAUUCUUCUUUAAACUAGUACUUUGUUGACACUAUUUGAGCGAUGAACCUGAAAUUUAGAGUGUAAUUGUCAAACAUUCAUAUUGUACCAUUUGAGGUAUAUUAAUGACAUAAGUACAAUUAUUUUUUAAUUAUUCCAAGUUAAUGUACUUGUUUCUUCUGGGCCACCCAAUAUAUUUUAUUUCUGUUUUGUGGACUUUGUUACACAUAAAUACCUUUGAAUUUACAUUCAUUUUUGCAAUCAGAGAAACUUACUGAAAUAAAAUCAAACCAUAUACUAGUCUCGAAAUUACCUAGGUGAUGUCGAGUGGAUGUUAAACGCAAUUUCUCUCUCUCCAAACAAAUUUACUUGUAUAUAUAUUUUGAAUGCGUUACUUAAAGGAUUAGAAAUGGAUAUUUCAAUUUGAUUUUGUAUGUGAAUAUGACUUUCUUUUUAACCAAAUACAUUUGUACUACAUUAUCCAGAGCCGAAUGAAAUUAAGGGAGGACACCAUUGGUCCAUCCUUGUUUUGUUUUUAAAGCACAUUUCGUAAACCAUAUCUCAUAAAAUUUUCUUAGUAGUUGUGUCUUUUGCUGUUUAGAGACUUCUCAUUUUGUGUUUCCAUGGAGAGGGAUUUGACUUGGUUUAUUCUAUAAAAUGGCGCAGGAUGUUGACGACUGACACGACAAUCUCAUGAUUUUUUUUUGCAAAAGGGUGCUUGGCAUACUGCUGUGUAGGCCUACCUUGAAUUACAAAUUUGCUUGAAUUUAAAAACAACAAGUCAUGUGAUGUUUGUUUAUCAAUAUUUUUUUUUACCUUGGGUGACAAUUAAAUAUGUACAGUGAUCAGUUACAGAUACAUUAUGGGAGAUUAGAUAAAGAGUUGGCAGUUCUCACUGUAAUAGUUAAAAACUAUAUAAUGUUAAGGGAAUUUGGUGAAAAUUUUUGUCAAAUUGAUCCAUUCUGAACUGAGAAUUUAACGAUUGAAUUUUGGGCCUAGCCUCGAUCAUCAUUACUGAAGUCGGUACGAUAAAAUACAUAGUCUCAAUUAUCCAUUUCUUGAUUUAAUCAUGAAUUAGCAUAGAGCAGCAGAUCGGGUCCUAAUCCAAUAAAUAUCGUGGGCUGGCAAUGACAUUGGGAGUUGAUUAUGGUCUGGAUGACUUAAUUAAUACCUAAUUAAUAAUUUAGAUAACAUUUCAGGCUUAAAGAAAGACCUGCAAUUGGCAGAUUUAGCUCUUGCAUAAUGUAUAUUUAAAAGUUGUAGACUACAGUUUAAACUCAUCCUUAUUUGUUUAGGGUACAAUCAUUGAGCUACUACUUGCAGUUCUACUUGCUACUAAAAUUCAAUAACACAUAGCAAGAAAUGUAGUCAAUUCAUGUCAAUAUGUGCUCAAUAAUGUUAUUGUGAUUUGUAAUUAUAUAUAUAUAUAUACAUUGUAUAUGUCAAACCUGAAAGAUUUUUAAUGAAAUUAUUAACUGAUUACGGAAAAUAAAUAGUGGAGGCACUAUUCGAAUUUGUAAAUAUAUAUAUAUUUGUGUGUCAAACCUGAAUGUUUUUUUAAUGAAAUUAUUAAUGGAUUACAGCAAAUAAAUAGUGGAGGCACUACUCAAAUUUUAAAGUGACGCACCUUUAAUAAUUUGUAAGUAUGAAUAUGAAAUUCCCUGUUUCUAUGGUAACCGAUAAACAAUCUGAACAAUUCUGGAAAAUUUCAUGUUGAUAGCACUGUUAGUUCCAGUGAGUAAUUUUAAAAUUUGCAUUUUUUGAACACUAUAUAAUUUUUGAAUGUUUCAUUCAGGUUAAAUUAAUGUACUUAAAUUCAGAAGAUAAUUGGAUUUAGUCAGAUUAACAAGAGACCCAUUAAAAGAUUUUAUCGUAUGUA